GCGUUUUUAUUUCGACUCGUCCCCCGGAGCAGAGCGGCGGCGGGGUAUCAGGGCUAGCCUGAAGUCUUCUGCUCAAGCCUGCUGUGUGUGCGCUACAAACACAGGCGACACUGCGAUUACUUGCUAAUUCAUUCUAAAUGAUUUAGGCGACGACAGUAUUUCCUGUCUAGUCUCUCCACGUAAAAAAUUCAAGACUGAAAACAGUGCCACGGUUAACCUCACCGUCAAGACAGCUUUGAGUGUCUUCAUUCAAGCAUAUUCUCCAGUCUACAGGUGGUCGAGGUAUGACACUGACCAGAGGCUCCUUCACGUACUCAACUGGAGAAGAGUACAGUGGUGAAUGGAAGGAAGGCAAGAGACAUGGUGUGGGGCAACUGAAGUUCUCUGAUGGUACUUGUUACAAGGGUCACUUUGAGAAUGGCCUGUUCCAUGGCUCCGGGGUGUUAAUGUUCCCUGAUGGAUCCAGUGAAAAUCAAUCACUGUUCAAUUCAAGGUAUGAAGGUGAAUUUGCCCAAGGAAAAUUCCAAGGUGUUGGAGUUUUUAGCAGAUCUGAUGGGAUGAAGUUUGAAGGAGAAUUCAAAAAUGGUCGUGUGGAAGGACAUGGCUUGCUGACAUUUCCGGAUGGUUCCCAUGGUAUUCCACGGAACGAGGGGGUCUUUUCUGACAACAAGCUGCUGAAGCGCGAGAAGAGCCAGGCGGUGGUGCAGAGGGCCAGGAGCUCAGCCUGCAUGGCACGCAGCCUCUCUGUAUGAUCAACACAAUGAUGAUCUCAUAAUCACCAUGCUGCUGCUCUCAGAUCAGCUUCCCAAACUCCACUCCUACUGCAGAGGAAAACAUCGAGAGUGAAACUGAUUCAGGAGCUCUCUUUCACGUAGGCGUUGCAGCAGACCCUCAGGAAUGGAUAACAGGGUUUCCUUUCCCUCUAUCUCUCUUUCUCAGUGCUGGUCUGCGUCUGAUGCCUCUAGCGUAAAAAAUAUAUAUAUUUAAAAAAAAAAAAAAAACUGGGCAAGGUUAUUAUUGCUGCAUCAAUAUGAACUACUUCGUCUUAGAUAUGGAAAAACCAAAGUCACCAUCAACAACGUGGGGCUACUGAGUGUUCUAUAUGCGGAGUCUGUGUGCAACAGUGAGUUUAUUUGCCUUUUGUGAGACCGUGAUUGUGUACCUUUCAUUAUUAUUUAUCUAUUUAUUUAACAUGUUUAUUUAAAUGUUAUUUCAAGCACUUUUUCCAUUUUGGUAAAAACAAUCUGAGUUAAAGUUAAAUUCUCUUAAAUGCAUAUCACAAUGUAAUGUCUGGAUUUGUAUAUACCUCAUGGAAAACAUCAUUGUAUAUUCAGUAUUGAUGUUCGAGAUAAUCAGAAGCCUAUACAUGUGGUGGACUUAUUUUGACUACAAAGCCCAUAAUGUGCUUUUAAUUGAAAUCGGGCAGUCUGGACAAUGAAUAGUUCACGCAGGUGAUCCAAUUGAAUGUGUGUAUUCAAACCAGUGUGUAUCAUUUAUCUUCAUGCACUUUGUGUAGUAUUUUCUUGAUACAUGUAAGGACAGAAAGGUGUAGUCAGGCUUUGCUGACUUUAAUUAGUGUAACUGCACUGUAAAAGCAUGUAUCUGAUUUGUUUUUUAUUAAGAAUGGUGUGAGAGGGACUAGAAAGUUUGCCUCUUUAUCUUCACCGUAAUAGCAUUCAUCCAGUAAUUGUGGGUAUCUUCUAAGAACUAACAUAACCAUGGGUUUGGCUGUAGUCCAUAAAUCCAUCUGUCAGUGGUGUAUUCUUCUUAACAUGCAGUUCAUGUAAUAAUUAUGUUUUUAUCAUCCAGUUAAUGGCAGUCUAUUGGAAAGCUGGGAGGGGGAGGAACAAAAACAAAAAAUAUUAAAAAGUGUGUGUGUGUGUGUGUGUGUACAAAAAAAAUAAUUUAAGAUAUUAUAACUGAUACACAAUUACAACUAAUUUUUUUUUUUUAAAUUUCUUUUUGUUUGUUGUGCUAACUGUAGUUACACUGUUUUACGAUGUGCAAUGUCCAGAAGAGUAGUUGUACUCAUUACUCAUUUCUAUACUGACACCAAAUGUGUAUUAACUUCAAUAUUUACUUGAAAAGUUUGGAAAGACAAAAUGCAGAAAAUCUGUUUUCCUGUUCAGGAAAAAAAAACCCAACAGGAAUAAAAAAUAAAUAAAUAAAAAUUA